AUGGUUAAUGGUUCGGUGCUGGUUAAGAUUUGGGAUGUUCACAAUUCUGGCCACAAGUGUAUGAGAACAUAUAUGGGGCAUGGAAUGGCAGUUCGUGAUAUAUCGUUUUCGAAUGACGGGUCUAAGUUUUUGAGUGAUGGGUUUGAUAAGAAUAUCAAGUAUUGGGAUACAGAAACAGGCCAGGUGAUCUCAAGCUUUUCAACUGGGAAGGUGCCGAUUGUGUCUAAACAAAAUCGUGACGAUGAUAAACAGAACAUUUUACUAGCUGGAAUGGAUGAUAAGAAGGUUGUUCAGUGGGAUAUGAACUCCGGGCGGAUUAUACAGGAGUACCAGCAUUUCGGGGCAGUGAAUACUAUCCAAUUUGUUGAUGACAACCGGAGAUUUGUUACCGCAAGUGAUGAUAAGUCUCUUCGAGUGUGGGAAUUUGGAAUCCCAGUUGUUAUUAAGUACAUUAGUGAACCUUUUAUGCACUCAAUGCCUGCAAUUUCCUUGCACCCAGAUUCGAACUGGCUUGCAGCGCAGAGCUUGGACAAUAAGAUUCUUGUUUACAGUGCAAGGGAGAAGUUUCAGCUUAAUAAGAAGAAGAUGUUUGCAGGGCACAUUGUGGCUGGGUAUGCUUGCCAAGUUAAUUUCUCACCUGACGGACAGUAUGUUAUGUCUGGAGAUGGUGAGGGAAAAUGUAGGUUCUGGAAUUGGAAGAGUUGCAAAAUUUCACAAACUCUGAAGUGUCACGAAGGUGUCUGUAUUGGAGUUCAGUGGCACCCAUCCGAGCAAAGUAAAGUGGCUACUUGUGGCUGGGAUGGCAUGAUCACAUACUGGGACUAG